CAAGUUUGAAUCUUUGAGUCAGUUUCGUUGUUUCGUUCUUUACGAAAAUGAAUGGUUCUCUUUAUCUUGCUAUCGUGAACACUCUGUAUUCUUAUGUAGUUUUCUACAUACUUUUCUUUCAUUCAAAGAGUGUGUUGUCAAAAUUUCAUUGAUUUAAGAAAAUUGACAAAUUAACUAAAACAAUUGUGUUGACCUGAAAAUUUAUAUGACAAAGGAGUUUCCAUGAAGAGUUUACUGUUGAUUAAACACAAAAUUUUAAAUGAAAAAUUAAGAACAGUUACUUGAAAUGUAUAGGUCUAGAAAUUGGAAGUGUUGAGUGUUGUUAUUGUUCGUGAUGUCAUGACUACGAUGCUUCCAAACUGCACAAAAGAUAUUUGAGACGGUGAAACUUACACCGGGGCGAGCUUAAACAGAUUAGUCUGAUUAAGUUUACUGAGGAACAACAUUGUUAAUGAUACUCAUUUUAUAGUAGAUAUCAAUUUAGAGUUAAAGCUAUUUUGAUACGGUGCUACAGACUAGUAAAGUCGUUACCACAAUAAAAUAUUAAAAGUGAAAUGUGAUAUUAGUGAAAAUGUUAGCGUUAUGAUGUGAGUGAGGAUGUCGAAGGUGCUGUCAGCUCUCGGGGGCGCCCUGCCCGAUGAAAGGCCGCUUCUGUCGCUGCAGAUAGUGGACAGCGUGGCCAAGUGCCCGGCCGGCUACUGGCCGGUGAGCCGCACGUACGAUGAGGACGCUGACGCAGGCCUGCUGCGCCAGUCUGGCCUCUUCGGCAAGAAGCCCAGCCACUACAUUUGCUUGUCGAAAUCGGAAGGCGUGCCGGGCUACGUGAUGGAUGGCGUGCUGGUGCUGGGCGAGCGCGAGGCGAUCCCGGCGGGCUACAGCGUGGCGGGGCGCGCGGGCAAGCGGCGCCUGUGCACGCACGUGUCGCGCCUGGCGCCCGCCGCCUCCGCGCUCGUCACCGACGUCAUCGUCUGCUCCAAGAUGCGGAGCGCUCCUCAGGGGUUCUUGCUCGCCGGUGAGAUCAACGGCAAGGUGGUUUGCUACAAGGUGAGCGGCGGUAGCGCGGACACGUCGCCCACGCACCAGCCCAACGACUACGAGAACGUGGUCACCAACCUCACGCCCGAGGCGGCCAGAAGAUUGAGGCCAGUACCGGAUCGACCGCCGAAGUUAUCGCCCCUCGUAGCCGAGCUGAACAAUCUGAACCUCAAAUCUCCGUCGAGUUACCCGAAGAUCGAGGAGUUCACGUCGGAGCAUGACUACGAGGCGCUGAGCCCCGCGUAUAAUUUGAAGCCGUCUCGGCCUGCGCCCCGGCCGCCGAGCAAGUCCCCGGCGCCCCCGGGCCCCCCGGGCGCCCUGGCCCCCCCGGGCGCCCCGGGCAGCCCGCGCCCCGCGUCCCCCACGCCCCGCCGGAAGGGCCCCGCGCCGCUGCCCAAGCUCGCCAACUACCAGACGCUGGGCGGCUACUGCGGCAUGGAGGGCGUGCCCUUCCUGCUCAACUCCAAGCUGAGGGGCCUGCCCAGUGAUGCGCUGACGCAGUUGCCGGUGAUCAAGCAACGCUCUCGCUUCGACCUCGACCGCGACUACUCUUACAACUUCACAGUCGAGCGGCAGACGUGAUCUCUAUACACCCCGGAUAACGAAAACUGCAUGCGUAAUACAAAUAAAGUAUUUAUAUAAUAUUAGUAAUAAAUUAAGACAAAAUAUAUCUGUAAUAUAUAACAAUAUGCACUGUUUAUGCCUUGCAGGAAAAUUUAUGUAUAAAUCAUAAAAACGAAACAGUUAUCAAUAUCUAUUUAAGCAAUAGAUAGGUAGGGUCAAGAUCUAACUAAACUAACUUAAAUUGCUUCGAAAUUCAAUCUACAAUUCGUUUCACGUUUGAAUUGUAAUUGAUAAUGAGUUAUAAAAUUUUAUUCGAAAUUAUCUUAGAUUAUUGAGCUAAACGAUCGAUAAACGUGGCUGAAUAAAAAUAAUAUUUACACCUUAUUCUACAGUUUUUUUUUUUUUUUUUUUUUUUGUAAUUUUGACAUAAUAUUUAUUUACUUACUUUUCAUAAAGGCCUUCAUUAAAUAUCAUAAUAAGGUUUCAAAGUGUGAACAGGGAGAAUGUAGCGAGGCCUUGAUUCGACGCCGCGUGGUGACUAAGACUGAUAUAAUUGUUAAGAAGGGAUCAAGGUGUAAGUCAUUGCAUACGGACUUGAAUGAAUUAUGGAAAUAAUUUGGAAAUUUUAAAAUAAAUUAUUCAAUUGACUGAUCAGACAAA